AUGGCAGACAAGAGCAGCACCUUGAAGUGUACUUUCUCCGCCCCCGGCCACAGCGCCACUCUCCUGCACGGCCUGGCCUCGCUCCGUGCCCAGGCACAGCUGCUGGACGUCAUGCUGACCAUCAACAAUGAAGUGUUCCAGGUUCACAAGGUGGUUUUGGCCGCCUGCAGCGACUACUUCAGGGCAAUGUUCACUGGCGGCAUGCGAGAAGCCACCCAAGACGUCAUUGAAUUGAAAGGCGUGUCUGCCAAGGGCCUGAAGCACAUCAUUGAUUUUGCGUACAGUGCUGAAGUGACCCUCGACCUCGACUGCAUCCAGGACGUGCUGGGGGCGGCCGUCUUCCUGCAGAUGGUGCCCGUGGUGGAGCUCUGCGAGGAGUUCUUGAAGUCUGCCAUGAGCGUCGAGACGUGCCUCAACAUCGGGCAGAUGGCCACUACCUUCAGCCUGGCCUCCUUGAAAGAGUCGGUGGACGCUUUCACUUUCCGGCACUUCCUGCAGAUCUCUGAGGAGGAAGACUUCCUCCACCUGCCUCUGGAGCGCCUCGUCUUUUUCCUCCAGAGCAAUAAGCUGAAGACUUGCAGCGAGAUCGACCUCUUCCGGGCUGCCAUCCGCUGGCUGCAGUACGACCAGUCGCGCCGCAGCAACGCCAGCCAGGUCCUCUGCCAUAUCCGCUUCCCGCUCAUGAAAUCGUCUGAGCUGGUGGACAACGUCCAAACCUUGGACAUCAUGGUGGAGGACGUCUUGUGCCGCCAGUACCUCUUGGAAGCCUUCAACUACCAGAUCUUGCCUUUCCGGCAGCACGAGAUGCAGUCGCCCCGGACUGCCAUCCGCUCCGACGUCCUUUCCCUUAUCACUUUCGGCGGGACUCCGUACACGGACAACGACCGGACCGUGAGCAGGAAAGUCUACUAUUUGCCGGACAGUGGCACGCGCCAGUUCAAGGAGCUGACGGAAAUGGAGGUGGGGAGCAGCCACACGUGUGUGGCGGUGCUGGAUAAUUUUGUGUAUGUGGUCGGGGGGCAGCAUCUGCAGUACCGGAGCGGCGAGGGGGCGGUGGACAUCUGCUAUCGUUACGACCCUCACCUGAAUCAGUGGCUGCGUAUCCAGGCCAUGCAGGAGAGCCGGAUCCAGUUCCAACUGAACGUCUUGUACGGCGUGGUCUAUGCCACGGGCGGCCGGAACCGGUCUGGGAGUUUGGCUUCCGUAGAGAAGUAUUGCCCCAAAAGCAAUGAGUGGAGCUAUGUUUGCUCCCUCAAGCGCAGGACGUGGGGUCACGCUGGGGCAACGGUGGGAGGCAAGUUGUAUAUAUCGGGUGGGUACGGGAUAUCGGUGGAAGAUAAAAAGGCGUUGCAUUGCUACGACCCCACUGCCGAUCAGUGGGAGUUCAAAACCCCGAUGAAUGAGCCCCGGGUCCUGCAUGCCAUGGUGAGCGCCAAUGGCAGGAUAUAUGCCCUGGGAGGGCGCAUGGACCACGUGGACCGUUGCUUCGAUGUGCUGGCAGUGGAAUAUUAUGUCCCCGAAACCAAUCAGUGGACCACGGUCAGCCCGAUGCGGGCGGGGCAGUCGGAAGCCGGCUGUUGCCUGCUGGAGAAGAAGAUCUACAUUGUGGGGGGCUACAACUGGCACCUCAACAACGUCACAAGCAUCGUCCAGGUGUACAACACCGAGACGGACGAGUGGGAGCGGGACCUCCACUUCCCGGAGUCUUUUGCCGGCAUCGCUUGCGCGCCCGUCAUCCUGCCGCAGACUACGGCUCAGAGGUGACCAAGACUCUCUGAGA